UGCUUCAAUGAUGGGGGUGGUCUCGCGUCAUGUGAUCCCCAAGCUUCACCGAAGUCCUUUGUUGAUGGUGAUACACAAAACCUCACUAGGACAUUGUCUGGGUAAAUUGCUACAACAACACAAUAUAUUUUCGCCUUUGCUGGGAUUGUGUUGAUGAAGGAGGGACAUUUUAACCAAGGAUAUUUUCCGCUGGGAUAAAAUAGAGAAAGGCAGGCACGUCAAAGGUAAAGGCGACAGUCAAAAUAGCCCAUGAUCGCACACCCUAUCUGUACGACGGUCAGUCGAGCGACCAGUAGAGUCAACCCGACAUUUGGUUUAUGCAAUUUGUGUGCUAAAGUCCGAGAUAAUGGUGUUUUUCUAUGGCUAUCCUGGGAGAAAAUCCCCUUUCUGCGUUGGAGAUGAAACCUUCUUUUAGCCGUGGGUGAAACCGUUUGCAAAUAACAUCGCGUUUUGUUCGUUGGGUGUCCAUACACAUCUGGUGGAUUCGUUGGAAUAUUUCUGCAAUUUGAAAAAAGCAUAGGUUAGGAAACAUAGGAAACGACAGUGUGUCCAUUCUACACAGCAUUGUAAGCAUCAUGUCCAGAGGAUAUCCCCUCUCAUCUCACGGACCCUCCGCAGGCCGUUUUCUCUCCUUGGUCCUCUGCCUUUUGGCCGUCUCUACACUGCAUGGAGCACAAGCUUCAUACUCUCAGAGCAGCGAAUGUGUCUCAGGAAAAGGCAAGGGCUGCCUAGAUGCAUCUGAGAAGAAGAGUGACCUGAGAGUGUGUGAUGCUGCAACAUGUCGUUACGGGGGAACCUGUCGAGAAAACGGGGCUGACCUGAAAUGUGUCUGCCAGUUCCAUUGCUCUAAGAAGUACAUCUCUGUUUGUGGGUCCAACGGAGACACCUUCCAGAAUGAGUGCUUCAUGAGGAGAGCAGCGUGCAAGCAGCAGAAGUCCAUAUCACAGGUCUCUGAAGGGGCCUGCUCUACAGAUGGCAGUUCCGGAUCGGGUGACGGAGAUGAUGAAGGAUCAGGCACAGGCAGAGGGAAAAAGCCUACAAAAUGUGGCACCUGCAAGUUUGGAGCAGAAUGCGAUGUGGACUCUGAGGAUAUCUUGUGCAUGUGCAACAUUGACUGCAGUGGCCAUAAUGACAACCCGGUGUGUGGAACAGACGGAAACUCCUACAGUGCCCCCUGUCACGUAAGAGAGGCAUCGUGCUUGAAGCAGGUGAAGAUUGACGUGAAGCAUCUGGGGAGAUGUCCAGAAAAAGGGCAGAAAAAAGACAAAGACGAUGGUAGCAAAAGCAAGACUGAUCUUUUUGACACGGCAGACAUAGGGGAGGAUAGAGCUUAUGGAGAGAUCCCCACCCCCUGCACAGAGGACUACGCCAACUUCUGUGAACACGGCCAAUGUGAAAUCAAGUAUAGCAUCCCCACGUGCCGGUGUGAUUCAGGCUACACUGGCCAGCAGUGUGAGGAGAUCCAAGACUUCAACAUCCUGUACGUGGUUCCCAGUGGACAGAAACUCCACUACGUUCUCAUAGCGGCCAUCAUCGGAGCCGUACAGAUCGCCAUCAUCGUCGCCGUUGUCAUGUGUUUCACAAGGAGGUGUCCCAAAAACCAGAGGGGACGAAGAUAAACGCAACACCUGGGACAUUUUCCCUCUGGGACAUUUUCCCCUGGGACUUCAUCCAGGAUGAUGUAGCUGUUUGUUAUUUUUUUAUUUUAAUGCAUUUUGGAUUGCACCUCAUGGAUCGCAUUUUGAUAUCUGUUGUUUUGUGCCUCCUUUAUUUUGAAUGGACAUUUAUAUAUUUUUUUAUAAUGGGGCCUUAUUUUUCUCUCCUCUAUGGACAUAUGCAGCUCUUGAUGCUUUUUUUGUCAGACUGCUGCAUUAUAAUUUUUUUCAACGGGCAGAAAAAGGACAGCUAUUUUUAUCUGAUCAUCCAAUGUUUGCAAGGUGGUGGUGGUGGUAGCUUUAGGCACACAAACCUUGGACACCUAGCUUCAGCUUUAGUGACUUUCUCUCAGUACAUUUUACUUCUUUGUUUAUGUUUUGUUUUUACAAAAUUCAACGAUAUACCAAAUGCAGUUUUCUAUAAAUGAGGUAUAAGCUGAUGUGUACAGUUUGUUUUGGUUACUUUUCAAUAUACCAUUCCGGGGAUGGAACACUUUUUCCCACUAGGUACUAAUUUAAAUGUUUUUAUAUAUAAUUUGUCGUUUUUGAUGUUCUGAUGUUGUUUGUAUUAUUGUUAAUGAAAUAGUUGUAAACAUAUUUGAUUGUAGAUUCUGUAUAUUGCAUGAGCUGUGAAAAUGUGUUUAGUGAUGUCGUUUGUGGUAUUAAAAUAUCUGUGUUCCAAACA